AUGCGGACACGGAACGCCGUCGCAACAGCGAGCCGGCGUAUCUACGAGAUUCGCACCGAGUUGUCUCUUGUGCUGCUCAUUUCUUCCCUUACCUACCUGUAUGUACACGUCCCGUCUCCGAUUACGCACCAAGCAACCAUUUUUUGUCGCCUCCCACACUACUGCUUCAUCCCGCCCAUUGGCGCGUGCCGCCUUAACACCGUCGAGAUGAAUUUUCUUCCCACGCGCUUUCGCGGUGAGACGACUGGCCCCGCCAAGGCCGCGCCCCCGACCUGGGCCGGCAAGACCAUUACGCCGUUUCUGCACUUCCUCGGCCGACUAGCGGGUUCCCACCCCAUCCAUACCAUCGUCCUCGUCGCUGUCCUCGCCAGCUCCUCCUACAUCGGCUUGAUUCAAGACAGCUUGCUCGAGAGAACCGCGACCGUCAGCAAGGCCGACUGGUCCUCCCUCACCGAGGGUAGCCGGGAGCUCUAUGCCAGCCCCGAGACUGCCUGGCGAUGGCAGAGCGUCGAGGCUGGUGCCCAGAGCACCAGCAAGUCUGACCACCUUGCUCUCCUGACCUUUGUCUUCCCGGAUACUCUCUCCGCCGAUUCCCUCGAUGUCGCUCCCCUCGCCGAGGCCGUUCCGACCCCGCACAAUCUCUCCAUCACCUCUCUGCCCGUCACUGAGAACCCCUUCACGACAUACACCCAGGACAGCAUCCUCGCCUACUCCCUCCCUUACAGCCAGGCUCGCGAAUUCCUUACCGCCGCCCAGGAGAUCCCCUCUGAGAAUAGUGAGGCCGUCCUCACCCGCCUUGGUCGCGAGGAAAAGAUGUGGAUCAUGAAAGCCGCCAAGGUGCACACCCGCAACACCUUUGUCGAGUGGGCUCGCAACGCUUGGACCGAGUUUAUUGACCUGCUCAAGAACGCCGAGACUCUCGACAUUGUCAUCAUGGUCCUGGGCUACCUCUCCAUGCACCUGACCUUUGUGUCUCUGUUCUUGUCCAUGCGCCGCAUGGGUUCCAACCUCUGGCUCGGCAUGAGCACUCUCUUUGCCUCUGCCUUUGCCUUUGUUUUUGGUCUUGCCGUCACCACGAAGCUUGGUGUCCCCAUCAGCGUCAUCCUGCUGUCCGAGGGGUUGCCUUUCCUUGUCGUCACUAUCGGCUUCGAAAAAAAUAUUGUCCUCACCCGCGCCGUUCUCAACCACGCCAUCGAGGCUCGCCGCAAGCAAGCCCAGAACUCCAAGGGCAAGAGCAAAUCUCUCACCCAGGACGCCAUCCAGACUGCUAUUUACGCUGCCAUCAAGGACAAAGGCUAUGAGAUUAUCCGCGACUACGCUAUUGAGAUUACCAUUCUGGUCCUCGGCGCUGCUUCUGGCGUCCAGGGUGGUCUUCAGCAGUUCUGUUUCCUCGCCGCUUGGAUCCUGUUUUUCGACUGCCUCCUGCUCUUUACCUUCUACACUGCCAUUCUCAGCAUCAAGCUUGAGAUCAACCGCAUCAAGCGCCAUUUCGAGAUGCGACAGGCCCUCGAGGCUGACGGCGUCAGCCGCCGUGUUGCGGAAAAUGUUGCCUCGAGCAACGACUGGCCCAACGGCGAUGCCAAGACCUCCAAGGACAAGGCUCUCUUUGGUCGCGGUAUGAAGAGCAGCAGCGUCCCCACGUUCAAGGUCCUCAUGAUUUCUGGGUUUGUCUUCAUCAACGUGGUCAAUAUCUGCACCAUCCCCUUCCGCAGUGGCAGCUCUUUUGCUACACUUCGCUCCUGGGCUGGUGGUCUCGGCGGUGUGGUGUCUACGCCUCCCGUGGACCCCUUUAAGGUGGCCGCAAAUGGUCUAGAUGUUGUCCUCGCUGCUGCCAAGGCUCGUGGCCAGGCCGUUCUCGUCUCCAUCCUUACGCCCAUCAAAUAUGAGCUCGAGUACCCCUCCAUUCACUACGCCCUUCCUGCUUCUCUUGCCGACGCUGCCGUCCACGGAUCCCAGUCUAGCCAUUUCGACAGCUAUGGAGUGGGUGGUCGUGUUGUUGGCAGCUUGCUCAAAAGCCUCGAGGACCCAAUUCUGUCCAAGUGGAUUGUUGUCGCUCUCGCUCUCAGCGUUGGCCUUAACGGAUACCUGUUCAACAUUGCUCGCUGGGGUAUCAACGAGCCCAGUGUUUCCGAGGGCUCGGAGCACCACAUUGACCGCAAGGAGCUUGCCCGUGCCCAGCGCUUCAACGAGACUGAGCCCAGCUCCAUUCCUCUAGGACAAUACGUCGCUCCCACCCCCCAGCCUACCGAGCCCGCUACUCCUGCUCUUACCGAUGAUGAGGGCGAUGGCCUGUCCAUGACCAGGCCUAAACCCACCCCUACCGCCAACCGCAGCAACGCCGAACUUGAUCAGCUGCUCCUAGAGAAGCGCAUUCCGGAGAUGACGGAUGAAGAGGUUGUCGCCAUGUCAAUGCGCGGAAAGAUCCCCGGAUAUGCUCUCGAAAAGACUCUUGGUGACUUUACACGCGCUGUCAAGGUUCGCCGUACCAUUAUCUCCCGGACCAAGGCCACGUCGUCCAUCACACACAGCCUGGAUCGCUCCCGCCUGCCAUACCAGAACUACGACUGGGAGCGCGUCUUUGGUGCCUGCUGUGAAAACGUUAUUGGUUACAUGCCCAUCCCCGUCGGUGUUGCGGGCCCGCUCGUGAUUGACGGACAGAGCUACUUUAUCCCCAUGGCUACCACCGAAGGUGUCUUGGUUGCCAGUGCUAGCAGAGGCUGCAAGGCCAUCAACUCUGGUGGCGGCGCUAUUACUGUGCUGACUGGUGACGGCAUGACCCGAGGUCCCUGUGUGAGCUUUGAGACGCUGGAGCGUGCCGGUGCGGCCAAGCUGUGGCUCGACUCUGAGGAGGGUCAAAAUAUGAUGAAGAAGGCAUUCAACUCGACAAGUCGUUUUGCGCGUCUACAGACGAUGAAGACUGCCAUGGCCGGGACCAAUCUCUACAUUCGGUUCCGCACAACCACUGGUGAUGCAAUGGGCAUGAACAUGAUUUCCAAGGGUGUGGAGCACGCGUUGAACAUUAUGUCUACCGAGGGUGGCUUCGACGACAUGGUUAUCAUUUCUGUCUCGGGCAACUACUGCUCGGAUAAGAAGCCGGCUGCCAUUAACUGGAUCGAGGGCCGUGGUAAGAGUGUUGUGGCGGAGGCAAUCAUUCCUGGUGAUGUUGUGAAGAGCGUGCUCAAGUGCGAUGUCGACACGCUUGUCGAGCUCAACAUUAGCAAGAACUUGAUUGGUUCCGCCAUGGCUGGUGCGAUGGGUGGCUUCAACGCACACGCCGCUAACAUUGUCGCGGCUAUUUACCUGGCCACCGGUCAGGACCCCGCGCAGGUGGUGGAGAGCUCCAACUGCAUCACCAUCAUGAAGAACCUCCACGGUGCGCUGCAAAUCUCGGUGUCGAUGCCGUCACUGGAAGUCGGCACGCUGGGUGGGGGCACCAUCCUGGAGCCGCAGAGCUCCAUGCUCGACCUGCUUGGCGUGCGUGGCUCGCACCCUACGAAUCCUGGUGACAACGCACGGCGUCUUGCGCGCAUCAUUGCGGCGUCGGUGCUCGCUGGUGAGCUGUCACUAUGCAGCGCCCUGGCCGCCGGGCAUCUGGUCCGGGCACACAUGCAGCAUAACCGCAGCGCUGCGCCCUCGAGGACGACAACGCCUGCGCCGCCGGCCACACCUGUCUCGCUAGCCAUGACGAAUGGGGUUGAAAAGGCCAAUGGCAUGAGUGCGGCGGCGCAUCAGCGAUCUAGACGGUAG